CGAAAUGGAACCGAUCUGGCGUCCUACGGGAAACUAGAGGUCUCUUAUUAUAACCGUUGGAAAAGAAAGGAAUCAGGUUUUAAUCCAGACGGAUGUCCUUUUUUUAGUCAGCUGCCUGUUUUUCAAGAAACACAGACAGGGCGCGGGCUGAUGACGACGUGGGGGGCUGGCAGGACCCCAUCCAAUGAAGCUUUGGGGAAUGCUGCGUGCUCGGCCGCUGUUGUGGAAUUCUGAUGCUGCUCUCAGCUGCUCGUCUCGAAGCCCCUGUCUGCGGUGAUGCGUUCGCUACAGUAUAACCGAGUCGUCGCCCCCCGCUGUAGAUCGGCCUCUCACCUCGCAUGGCGCUGAGAAAAGCGGCUGAAUCCGGCCCGCUGAUGCUGAGGAUCUGCACAAAGACGUAGCGAUGGCUGCUGCUCAGAUUCACCGAGUGGCUGCUGUGCUGUGCUGUUGAAAAACAAGGCCGUGAAUCGCGCUGGUCAGCCACCACAGGCUUUUCUAGCGAUGCCGUGCAGGAGAUGGCCGAUAAAGCAGCGAUCUGAUGAGGUAGCCUGCAGACGAGGCGCGCACUGAAGGCCAGGCCUUUCUGUCUUUGCUGGUCAGCUCGGUUUGCUUUCUGCAGGUCUUGAAAACGAUGCGAGAACAAUGCCUCUCUCUAACUUCCUCCACACGACACCUUGGCUGCUUUCUAUUGGCUUCCCAGUAACGUAACCUGAGUGCUUAAGUGGGCGCACCUGUGUGUGCAGGAGCGAGGAGGACUGGCGCAAUUGUGCGCAAUGGCCGCGCCGCGAAGGAUCCAACUUACUACUCUCUCAAGCGAGCUCACUCACCCUCCGAUCUCCAAUAGUCAUGUCGCCCAAGAGCUGCCCACCAAGCUGGGCUUGGGCGCAGCUGGUACCCCCGAUGAGGACCUACCGGCCUCCGAGACCACCACAGCCUCAGCUAGAAUCGAGCUGCUUCUCUUCGAGCCUGAUGAACGACGCUGCCCUGAGUUCUACUACCCUGAACUGCUGAAAGUGAAGGUCACAGCCGAAAGCGAUCUCAGGACUUUGGAGGUGGUGGAGGACAAGGAGAGGGAGGAGCUGGAGGCCUUGGCAAGAAAGUUAGAAGAGAAAUAUGGUGGAGCUCCUAAACGUCGGAAAGACAGAUUGCAAGAUUUGGUGGACAUGGGCUAUGGAUAUGAUGAAACUGACUCCUUUAUUGACAACUCUGAGGCUUAUGAUGAACUGGUUCCAGCCUGUCUUACCACCAAGCAUGGGGGCUUUUACAUAAACUCUGGGACGUUGCAGUUCCGCCAGGCUUCGGAUGAAGGUGAAGAAAAUGAAACGGAUGACUUUGAGGAGAAUGUUAAACCCAAGAAAAGAAAACUCAAAGAAGGAGUAGAGGAGAAGAUGAUCAACAACAAGAAGAAGAGACAAGAGACUGUGCUGCCUGAGAGAGACGAGGCAAAAAAAAGUGUUCUGCCUACUAUGCUGCCUGGAGAGAAGAAAAAGAAAAAGAAGAAUGGCAAACCACUAAGCAUCGAAGGCAUGCUAAGAAAAUUUCAUAAGGAGAAGCUUCAGCAGCUGCACAUGUUCAACGAGAAAGGGAAGGAGGGAGUCACUUCAGCUGACAGCGGCUCCACCAGCCAAGCAGAGGUCCCAGAAGAAUCCGCUUCAGCUGAUCCAUUGUUGACGCUAAUCGGUUCAGCAAGUGCAGAUGACCUCCUCCAAGCGGUGAAGGCUGCAGAUCAGGACUUUGACCUUGAUGGGCUCCUGACUGAGGACCAGGACACUGGUUCUCCUGACAUGGAGGAGAACCAAGAACCCACGGUUGUAUGCCAGCCAGCGAAGCCUCCUGUUUCACUUCCUGAUGGAUUACCUCCGAUGUUAGAACUAUACAUCCAAGAACUCACUCAGGCCAUCAAAGACAUGGAAGGAGAGAACAAGAUGGAGCUUUUUGCUCCAGAAAUAAACAGUGUUUUGCUACAUGUGGCGGUUAGGUCUAAGGAGUUGUCCGAUAAGGUACGUUCCAGAAUCUUUUCCUACCUGGCAUCGCAGCUUUCCUGCAAGAAAGGUACUCUGCUUAAGCGAGCCAAGAAACUCCAUCUUCUUCAUCUGGGUGAUGAGCUAAGAGAUCUGCUGCAGAGACUGGAAGAUGCAGUCACCAGAGCCAUGCCAGAGCAGAUUGACCGUUUCAACGACAGCUGCCAAGCUCACUCUGAAGCCAGAGCUGCCAAACUGGAGGCUGAGAAAGAACAGAGAGCAGUAGAUGGGUCUGAUGAAGAGGAGGAAGAUAAAAGUGGAAAACGGGUCUUUGGACCACGCAAGAGAUUCAAAUGGACUGAAGAGAUCAGAGUAUUGCUGUCUGAGCUUGUGAAGCUGAAGAUGAAUUGCUAUGAGCUUGAAGCUCCUGACAGCCCAAGCUUAGAAGAGUACUUGAGGACGUUUUUGGAGGAUUAUGUAAAACCAAUGUGGCCUAAAGGCUGGAUGCAGUCCAGGAUCCUACUUAUUGAGAGCCGUAGAGUACAUGGCCAUAUCACCGGUGUGGUGGCAAGAAAGAAAUCUAUGACGAUGCCAAAAUCCAAAAAGGCCAGUUUUCUUUUUGAAAAUGCUGGGGAGGUCCAAUUAGUCCCAGCCCUGAAGGGACCACCAGGAGGAGCUGCUGCCCAGCGCAAGCGCCUCAGUCUGCCUCUGAGUACCCAGCAAGCCCCCCAGAACACUGUGAGCAAAGCUUCAUUAGAUACACAAACAUCAUAUAUUUCUCCUCCACUGCCUGAGCUUCAACAAAUUAGAGGAGAAGUGGGGAGAUCCUCGCUAGGCAGGCAUCAGGUACCCAGUGAAGCCACUGAUAGAAAGCUUGAGAUAGCCGGAAAAGCUCUCUCCAGCGCCCAAACAGGCAACCCAGGUGGUCCACUGCCCACAGAUUCAUCUCUGAAGAUCUUGUGCAAUUCUGGAGCAGCUGCAACUUUGAAGCGACUUUCUACAGGGGAGAAGAAACCUCAGAAGCUGAUGCUGGUAGCUCCACCUGCCGCUGCUGAAGGUGACUCUGCAGCGGUGCAGGGUGUGGCAAGACUGCUUACGACCACCUCAUUUUGCAAAGCCCCUGUUUCUCUGGCAGUGGCAGCUGUGGAAAGCUCUUGUGGGGAUCCAGCUCUCCCUACUCCAUCACUCUCCCUCCAGGCCUCAUCCUAUCCCAAUGUACCACAGUCGGGGGCUUUAACAAACUUGGUCCCUCUGCAUGCUUUGCCUUUCCCUGGGCUGGCUUAUGCCAGCAAAACAUCUGGACACGCUCAAAUCUGCAAAGACUCCAUACUAACCAGCCCCGCACCUGGAACUUUCCAGUAUGGUCUUACACAUGGUAUUUACUCUGCACUGUGUUCUAGUGUUCUCUAUCCUCUCUCUGGUCCUGUCUCCUCUUCUCCGUCUUCUCUCCAUGCUUUGUCUACUAGGCCCUGUCCUUUAGAUGGAAGUCAGAUCCAUGCAGAAGGUGCCAACGCACAGAGAAAACUGCACUGAGUUGGAGAAAAUCGGGAGGGAUGACGAGUAUGCUUUCAAACGACAUUCUCAUGACCGAACUGGACUUUACAGUGGUAAGACCACGGAGUUAUUAAAGACUGUUGAGUAAGACUCCACCUUAAAGGUAAAAUAAAUGCUUUCCAUCAUUUCCACUUAGAAUACAUUAAACUUCUAACAAAAUGCUAAGCUGUGACGGCUACAGAAGUAAAACUAACCCAGUUCAAUCUGAAUUCAGACAUGACUUUAUUGCAUUACUACUAUUUGGGACCAUCGGUGCAUCAAGAAUGUGGUAGUGGUGCCUUUUAAUAAUACUAAUCUUUAAUAACAAUAACCUUUAAGUGGAAGACAUUGUUUAGUUUAAGUUUUUGGUCCUUACUGUAAAAUCUGCACUUAAGAACUUUUGAGGCUGAGGCUUUUUUCCUUCUUUCUCUCACUUGAGAUCUCUGAAAUGUUUCUCUUUUGAUUUCUUUGUCGUUACUGUAAAAUCUGCACUUAACUUGGAGGCUGAGGCUUUUUUCCUCUCUUUUCUCUUGCCCGAGAUCUCUCGUAUAUGUUUCUCUUUCAUAUCAGCACUUGACUUAAUAUGGGAUGAUUAUGCUUUAAACAGCAGUCCACGUACUUUCCAAAGACCUUGUAUUAGAGUAUGUGGAAAGAUCCUGACCUGUUCAGCUUAAUUUUUGGUCAGUUGGCACUGAAUUAUUUUUUACUAUGUGAUAUCAAUUAAAGGUCAUUAAAGAAGACACAAACAACCCACAAGGGAGAGGCUAUUUUAUUUGGAUAUGAAGGAUUGUGUAAAGGAUGUUUGGAAUUGUUUUGUUUUUUUUCUGAAAUUAAAAACGCCAUUAUUAUUAUUAUUAUUAUUAUUAUUAUUAUUAUUAUUAUUAUUAUUAUUAUUAUUGUCUCAGGGAUUCUUAAGGAGGGGGGUGUUGCAUUAAGCACAAACUUGGGAGUAACAGUACUGCAUGUAGUUUUGUAUGUCAAAAUGUGACUGAGAUAAACUGAUAUGAUGGUAAUAUUUAUAAAUAAAAUAUGCAAACAUUA